UUUCACGUUGUCCAUAAAGUAUAAUUUAGUUAAGGUAUUGUUAUUUAUUUAUUUGAAUUACAAAACUUAGCCUAAUUUAAGUUUCACGCUGAAUUGGUGUGGUGAAAUUUAUAGGCGCAAGUUUCCGUUAAGGGGUGAAAUGUCUAGCGCUACCGACUUUGACGCGCAGUUCGCGUCGCGGUUUGGCCCGGAGGACACGGAGUUCCAGCAGUAUCGGCAGCGCGCGCCAGACGUACCACCUGUGCUGGAGGACUGGAAAGCGCGCGGGCGCAGAGACAGACGAGGUCCAGAGCAGCGGCACCACGAGGGCAGGAGCCGCGGACAGUAUUUCCCGGAGCGCCGCUGGAAUGACCGCCGCGAUGAACGAUACUCUAGUCACGACUCCUACAGUCAGAGGUCACAUUACAGUAACCGGUGACUCCUAAUUACCCUGACCGACACAUUUACACGAGCUGAUCUCCAGUUUUUACUUGAAACGAGGUUGUUUGUUUUGCCUCGUGUAGCUCUUUUCUAUUCUCAAUUGAACUAUUUUCAUUCUUGUGUAAGUAAACUCAUUAAAAUCAUUCCUCUCUGAAA